AUGGGCCAAAUAUUUGGCGCGGUGUCUUUUUGCAUCGAUAAAUCGGCGUGGGACUGCAGAAAACUGCGAGAUAUCAACGAGAAGUGUUGCUCUGACAAUCCCCAGUCCGAGCCCAAGUCGCGUCGCGAUAAAGACGAAUUGAGCGACUUCAUGGACAAUGGAGCCAUCUCAUCCUACUCCGCUUUGAUGAUGGAGAUCGCAAUAGACGCGAAGCCCCUUGGUGGAAACCGAGGG